AUUCAAAUAUUAAUAUUAUCCCCGUUUUCCAAAUUCGUAAGCAACAGACUAAAACCGCAUUUUGAUUUGAUUUUUGAUUGAUUAUACUCUAAAUUCAAAAUUCCCUUUUUUUGAUUGUAUUGGCAGACAAUAGGAAAUCAGAAAUAUUUAUAUAAAAAAAAAACUUCCCAACACUGUCACCAGAAAAACGAAAUGUUUAAGUAAGUCUGUUGAGCAUUUAUUAGGCUGGCCUCGGACGUUACCACACAGCAUGGAUUUGCGUUAUAAUGUGGGCCGAGUGCAGACCGCAUUUACACGCGAAUCACGGCACCAUCAUCAACACAACCACCAUCAGGGGCCAGGAAGCCCGGGAUCUGGAUCAGCAGCAGAAGCAGGACAUGCCGAAACGGCGGAAACACGGAACGCCCAAGGAUGUGGACAUGGGGGACACGGCGGCUCGAUGAUCUUCCAUUGUAGCGACAGGGAGACGAUACUUUUCAAGUUCUGGACCACAGAUUCCACGACAUCGAUUGUGCUCUCCUGCCUGGUCGUCUUUAUUAUGGCCAUUCUAUACGAGGCGCUGAAAUGCUAUCGGGAAUGGCUGAAAAAGUGCAACAAGAAGCGUCUGGAGGGCGGUGAAAAUCGUCCACGCUCAAUAUUGACACAAUUAAGCAGCAUACCUUCGACACCCAUUUCCGAGGCAGCUUUAUCAGUGGCCGAGCAGUUUCCACCUCCUCUGCCGGUCGCAGCGCCAACGGCACCGGAAGCUCCGCGUGCCGGCCCUGCAGCGCCCUGGCUAUCACCCAUGCAUUGGUAUCAAACGUUGUUGCAUAUGAUCCAGGUGACCAUUUCGUUUCUGCUGAUGCUCAUCUUUAUGACCUUCAACGUCUGGCUCUGCAUAGCCGUUGUCCUCGGCGCCGGUGUCGGCUAUUAUAUAUUUUUCGCGCGUAGCGAGAAUGUUUCCGAUCACUGCAAUUAAGCUAACACUCUGUUCACCUUUCCCGGGCUCCCCUGUGCCCCUCUUUGUGUUGUCUGUGCAUUGUGCUAAUGUAUUUUUCUAAUUAAACCUAGUUAUAAAAAUAUCAGAACAAAAGUGGCUGCCAGCCGCCCAGCCUAAUUGUUCAUUUUUAUGGCUAAUAAAACAAU